GUCGGCGUUCAAUGUCCCUCAGAUGCCUUCUAUGUAUUCUUUGCCUCUCGAACUUAAACGUCAUAUCCUUGGCUAUUGCAACAUUCAGGAUAUCGCUGCCUUAGCGCAGGCCAGUGCUCCACUCAAUGUUAUCGCGCAUGAUUACAUUGAACACUGCCUGCAUGUCAUGACGGCCACAUUCUUCGGCUCGACCAAGACGCUGAAAAGCAUCUUGCGAGCGUGUGAUGCGGUCGUUUUGGGUUUGUGUGCUCUGCACAUCCUGCUACCAGCAAACGAGACUUCGUGGUCUCCCCCGAAUCUCGAUAUAUAUGUGUCCUGCCGUUAUUUGGCCAGCAUCUCUGUCCUAUUGGAACGUGAAGGGUACGAAAUUGUGCGGCAACAAUCAAUAAAUGGAGGACCACACGAUUCGUCUUCAAUUCGAGCUGUGGUUUCAUUUUCCAACACGCGUCAGUGCAUCGAUGUCAUCGUCUCCACAACGGCGGCAGCCGUUUCUCCCAUUUUCGAAUGUCACAGCACUGCGGUCAUGAACUUCAUCAUGGCCGACAGCGUGUUCUGUGCCUAUCCCGCACUCACCCUCCGUCUCAUGUCUAUGGUAAAUCCGGGCCCUGUAUAUUUCGGUCCUUGGGGUGUCAAGACGAUGCAGGCCCUCAUAAAAUACGGCGCUCGUGGUUUUCGGUUGGUGCCAUGCAAUGACGUCCAUGGACUAUCUGCUGUUUUCAGAUCAAUGCCUCGCUCGAUCACAGACCGUGAUUGCCUUUGGGUCAACACGAACAUGAUGUCCUGUGUAACAAUGUCACCUAGUGACGUUUUCUACUCGUUGGGGUUCAUCAACCUCAUUUGGCUUCUGGGUGGUUACAUAUGUGGCGCUACGUAUCCCUUUAUCCGUGCACAGUGUUUUCUGAUUGAGGAUGAUUCCCAUGAUCUCUUGGGACCUCACUUCCUCGGAAGUGUGGAGUUUUAGGUGGCUUGAUGGGUUUCGUGGUCGGGUUUCUCUAAGUUUUGGUAGUUUCACGAGGUUAUGUAUCUCUACAUUGUAUUAUGUGGUCG